CGAUGCCACCAUCUUUGUAAGGGGUACGACGGAAGCGAGGCGGCCAUCCUUGUAAGGGGCACGUGUGAAGGGAGGCGGCCAUCUUUGUAAGGGGCACGCCUGAGGUGAAGCCCGGUCCCCCGCGGCCCCGAGGAGGACGAGGCGGCCGCGGCCUUUGCCGUACAGCUUAGCACCCGCAGGAGGCCGGCGGCGUUGAUAUGAUAUAACACGAUUCAGGUGUGAAAGCAGGAUGGCUGGGAACAGCCUCGUGUUGCCCAUUGUCCUGUGGGGCCAGAGGGCUCCCACCCACUGCAUAUCAACCCUGCUGCUCAUGGAUGACGCGUCGAUGAUCGUCACUGGCUGCCACGAUGGCCAGAUAUGUCUCUGGGACAUUGCUCCAGAUUUAGAGAUUAAUCCCAGAGCUCUGCUGUUUGGUCACACAGCCUCAAUCACUUGUUUAUCAAAGGCCUCUGCUUCCAGUGAGAAGCAGUACAUAGUGAGUGCGUCAGAGAGUGGGGAGAUGUGUCUGUGGGAUGUGAAUGAUGGCAGAUGCAUAGAGUUUACUAAGCUAGCCUGCACACACACUGGCAUACAGUUCUACCAGUUUAUGGUUGGGACUCAGCGUGAAGGGAGACUGUUAUGCCAUGGACAUUAUCCAGAAAUUCUUGUUGUGGAUGCUACCAGCCUUGAAGUUCUUUAUUCUCUGUUAUCAAAGAUAUCUCCUGAUUGGAUCAGCUCCAUGACUAUCAUUAAAUCCAACAGAACACAAGAGGACACUGUUGUAGCAGUUUCAGUGACUGGCAUCCUCAAAGUAUGGAUAAUAACAUCUGAAGUUAAUCGCAUGCAGGACACAACACCCGUAUUUGAAGAGGAGUCAAAACCUAUUUAUUGUCAAAACUGUCAAAGCAUUUCUUUCUGUGCAUUUACCCAGCGGUCGUUGUUGGUGGUGUGCUCUAAAUACUGGAGGGUUUUUGAUGCUGGAGAUUAUUCCCUUUUAUGCUCGGUCCCUAGUGAGAACGAACAGACCUGGACUGGUGGUGACUUUGUGUCAGCUGAUAAAGUGAUCGUGUGGACAGAAGAUGGUCAAAGCUUCAUAUAUAAAUUACCAGCCAGCUGUCUUCCAGCCAGUGACUUGUUUCGUAGAGAUGUGGGGAAAGCAGUAGAAAAUUUAAUUCCUCCUUUGUUGUACAGUGUAUUGGACAGAGCAGAUAAACAGUUACUAAUAUGUCCCCCAGUCACCCGAUUUUUCUAUGGACAAAGGGAGUUUUUCUCUAAUCUGCUGAUCCAAGGAGACUCUUCAGGGAGGCUGUGCAUUUGGAGUGUUCCUGAUACGUUGGAACAAGACUGUGCAAAAGGACUGCAAGCAACAACUUCGAUAUCCCUCCAGGAAGCUUUUGAUAAACUUACUCCUCGCCCAGCUGGAAUUAUAGACCAACUGAGCUUAAUACCAAACAUCAAGGAACCACUGAAGGUUACAGCCAGUGUGUACAUUCCAGCCCACGGGCGGCUGGUUUGUGGUCGGGAAGAUGGAAGCAUUGUCAUUGUGCCAGCAACCCAAACUGCUAUAGUUCAGCUUUUGCAAGGAGAGCAUAUGCUUAGGAGAGGUUGGCCACCUCACCGGACUCUCAGAGGUCAUCGAAACAAAAUUACUUGCUUACUGUAUCCUCAUCAGGUUUCUUCUCGUUAUGAUCAAAGGUAUUUGAUCUCAGGUGGUGUGGAUUUCUCAGUCAUCAUAUGGGAUAUAUUUUCUGGAGAGAUGAAACAUAUCUUCUGUGUACAUGGUGGAGAAAUUACACAGCUUCUAGUUCCACCAGAAAACUGUAGUGCAAGAGUCCAGCACUGUAUUUGCUCUGUGGCCAGUGAUCACUCUGUAGGUCUUCUCAGUCUGCGUGAGAAAAAGUGCAUCAUGCUGGCAUCCCGCCACCUCUUUCCUAUUCAAGUGAUCAAGUGGAGGCCUUCUGAUGACUACCUGGUGGUGGGAUGCUCUGAUGGGUCCGUGUACGUCUGGCAAAUGGAUACUGGUGCUCUGGACAGAUGUGUGAUGGGAAUAACAGCAGUUGAAAUCCUGAAUGCCUGUGAUGAGGCGCUGCCUGCAGCUGUGGACUCCCUGAGCCACCCCGCUGUCAACCUGAAGCAGGCCAUGACACGGCGCAGCCUGGCUGCCCUGAAGAACGUGGCACACCAGAAGCUGCAGACCUUGGCCACCAACCUGCUGGCUUCUGAGGCAUCUGACAAAGGGAAUUUACCUAAAUAUUCACAUAACUCUCUGAUGGUUCAAGCUAUAAAGACUAAUUUGACAGAUCCAGAUAUACAUGUGCUCUUCUUUGAUGUGGAAGCACUGAUAAUUCAGCUGCUGACCGAAGAGGCUGCAAGACCCAACAGUGCCCUCAUCUCUCCUGAGAAUUUACAGAAGGCCUCUGGUGGGUCUGACAAGGGAGGCUCCUUCCUGACUGGUAAGCGAGCAGCUGUCCUGUUCCAGCAGGUCAAGGAAACCAUCAAAGAAAACAUAAAGGAGCAUCUUCUCGAUGAUGAAGAUGAGGAUGAAGAAUCAAUGAGGCAGAGAAGAGAAGACACUGACCCAGAAUAUCGUGCUAGCAAAUCCAAACCAUUAACUCUACUAGAAUACAACCUAACCAUGGAUACAGCAAAACUUUUCAUGUCUUGUCUUCAUGCCUGGGGCUUGAAUUCUGUUCUAGAUGAGCUUUGCCUUGAUCGUCUUGGCAUGCUUAAGCCACACUGCUCAGUGUCCUUUGGCCUUCUGUCUAGAGGAGGCCACAUGUCUCUGAUGCUUCCCGGCUACAAUCAGCCUGUAGGCAAACCAUCCUAUGAUGGCAUGGAGUUGGGCAGGAAGGUGUCCGUUACAGAAGGAUUGGGGAAGGGGACGUACGGCGUGUCACGUGCUGUCACCACUCAGCAUCUCCUGUCGGUCAUAUCGCUGGCAAACACACUGAUGAGCAUGACCAAUGCAACCUUUAUUGGAGACCACAUGAAGAAAGGCCCAACCAGGCCACCCCGGCCAGGCACUCCUGAAAUGUCAAAAGUGAAGGCCCCUCCGUCGAUGGCAAGUCAUGCAGCCCAAGGACAAAUUAAGCAAGUUGCUCCUGCUGUUUCUUCUAGCACUGAAGCUGGUCACUCUGGCUCUGACACUGCUCCUCCUUUACAUACCUGUUUCUUAGUAAAUGAAGGGUGGAGCCAGCUUGCUGCCAUGCACUGUGUGAUGCUCCCUGACCUGCUGGGUCUGGACAAGUUCAGGCCUCCUCUUCUGGAGAUGCUGGCUCGCAGGUGGCAGGAUCGCUGCCUGGAGGUACGAGAAGCUGCCCAGGCCCUGCUGCUAGCAGAACUGAGGAGGAUUGAACAGGCAGGCCGGAAGGAGACCAUUGACGCUUGGGCUCCAUAUUUGCCACAGUACAUUGACAGUGUCAUAUCACCUGGAGUUACCACGGAAGCCAUUCAAACUGCUACUGCAAGCCCAGAUUCAUUGGGAACAGAGGCAAAAGUUCAGGAGGAAGAGCAUGAUCUAGUGGAUGACGACAUCACAGCUGGCUGCCUGUCCAGUCUCCCGCAGCUGAAGAAGAUCUCCACGUCCUAUGAGGAGCGCAGGAAGCAGGCUACAGCCAUCGUUCUGCUGGGUGUGAUUGGGGCAGAAUUUGGGGCUGAGAUUGAGCCCCCUAAGCUGCUGACACGGCCACGCAGCUCCAGCCAGAUCCCUGAGGGCUUUGGGCUGACGAGCGGUGGGUCCAAUUAUUCCCUGGCAAGGCAUACCUGCAAGGCACUGACAUUUCUGCUGCUGCAGCCUCCCAGCCCCAAGCUGCCUGCGCACAGCACCAUCCGCAGAACUGCCAUUGACCUCAUCGGCCGUGGCUUCACUGUCUGGGAGCCCUACAUGGACGUCUCUGCAGUGCUGAUGGGCCUGUUGGAGCUCUGCGCUGAUGCCGAGAAGCAGCUUGCCAACAUCACAAUGGGGCUGCCCCUGAGCCCGGCGGCUGACUCUGCACGCUCCGCACGCCACGCGCUCUCGCUCAUCGCCACAGCCCGGCCGCCCGCCUUCAUUACCACCAUCGCCAAGGAGGUGCACAGACACACCGCCCUUGCAGCAAACACACAGUCUCAGCAGAAUAUUCACACCACAACUCUUGCUCGGGCUAAAGGAGAGAUCUUGAGAGUCAUUGAAAUCCUUAUUGAGAAGAUGCCUACCGACGUUGUGGACCUUCUUGUGGAGGUUAUGGACAUCAUCAUGUAUUGCCUCGAAGGAUCUUUAGUUAAGAAAAAAGGUCUUCAAGAAUGCUUUCCAGCCAUCUGCAGGUUCUACAUGGUCAGCUAUUACGAGCGAAGUCACAGAAUAGCAGUUGGAGCUCGCCAUGGUUCAGUGGCCCUCUACGAUAUCCGGACUGGGAAAUGUCAGACAAUCCAUGGGCACAAGGGGCCGAUCACAGCAGUGGCCUUUGCUCCUGAUGGCCGGUACCUUGCCACCUACUCCAACUCAGACAGCCACCUCUCCUUCUGGCAGAUGAACACGUCACUGCUGGGCAGCAUCGGCAUGCUCAACUCAGCGCCCCAGCUGCGCUGCAUCAAGACCUACCAGGUGCCACCCGUCCAGCCCGCGUCCCCUGGCUCGCACAACGCCCUGCGCCUGGCCCGCCUCAUCUGGACCUCCAACCGCAACGUCAUCCUCAUGGCCCACGAUGGCAAGGAGCACCGCUUCGUGGUCUAGGGGAAGCUGCCUAAGCUGAAAUGCGUUUCUGUUACAACUCCAUGUAACUCUCCCUUCUUUGUUGCUGUCCUCUGGUCAUG